UUUUAUCAUGGGAAAUGGACUGGUAAUAUUAAAUUUGUUGAAAAAAGAUGCAUUGUGACACCCAUAUGCUACAUAUUACAUCUUACUAACUACAUGAACAUAUUUUAUCGCUCCAACACUUUACACACAUGCACAGGCAACGUACAACGGCGUUGUAAUUGCCAUCUUAAUAUUGUCAGGUCUAGUGAUGACCUCCAUUGGCACAUUUGCUUGUUCCCAUUUAUGGCUACUUGUAUUGAAUCGAACGACCAUUGAAAAUAUCCAGUUUCGUGCUUGGAGUAGCAAAACCACUAAUCGCCAAAAGCGAUCGGACACACCGACAGCAAUAGCGACAAUACCCACGCCACCUUCCAUGUUUACACAAAGUGGAAAAUGCGUUUUUAAUCAAGGCACGCAAGUCAACUGGGUUGAAAUGAUGGGGGAUUGCUGGCUAUAUUGGUUCUUGCCACUAAGCGUCAAAUUAAAAUGUAAUGGAUUUGAGUUUGACUAUAAUGAGAAUGUAUAUAGAGAGCUAGCACGUUCCCAAAUCAUAACGGCAGUAACUCUUGGCACAGCAUGUAAAAGCGAUAACCAUGUCACUACUGUAUAAAAGAAACACAAUACAUGGUACAUGUACUCGUACACAA